AUGGCUUCCAACACCUCUACCGAAUCAGUUCCUUCUUCCUUAGCCUCUAUCACUAAUGCUUCCUCCAUUCUUCCAUCCUCUCCCUUUGCUAUUUCCGUUUCAAACAUUAAAAAUCUUGUCCCUACUGUUCUUGACUAUACAAACUAUAUAUUAUGGAGAGAGCUUUUCUUAUCCGUCUUCAAAGGUCAUGGUAUUUAUGGCUUUAUUGAUGGAAUUUUUCUCUGUCCUGAGCCUACUAUUCUUCAUGAUGAUGCACGCUCCCUACUUUUCCUUCAUGAAGCUCAAUUAAAUAGUCUCUCUAAUUUUACUUCGGAUAAUUCCACCACUGCUUUUAUGGCCAAGCAGCAAUCCUCUCACUCUUAUGGUCGUGGGCGUGGUCGUCAUAAUAAUGGUGGGUGUCAUUCUAAUGGUGGACGUGGUCAAGGUCGCUAUACUCAAGGGAAUACCAAAUCUUUUAAUGUUUGGCCUCAACAGUUCACUCCGCGUCCCCGUCUUCCUUCCAUCUUAGGUCCUCCUCCAAUUUCUUAUACUGCUGCUUUCAAUCCAUCUCAACCUAAUAAUGUGUCGCUUUACUGCCAACUCUGCUAUCAGCCAUACCACACUGCUCGUGAUUAUCCUUCUCUAAAUUCUAAGGCCUUUGUCUCAGAUAUUAGUUCUAACAACUCAUUUUCUUCGCCUGGUGAUGCCUCUUGGUUUGUGGACAGUGGAGUAUCUUUUCACAUGACUCCAAAUACAACUAAUUUAUCCUCUAUUACUCCACACAAUGGCUCAGAUCAUGUAGUUGUGAGUAAUGGAACUCAACUCCCUAUUUCCUAUACUGGACAUGGUAUUUUCUCUACUUCUGAUUCUCUUUUUUCUCUUAGAGAUAUUUUAGUUGUUCCUCAUCUUUCUACCAAUUUACCAAGCGAACUCAAGACGAAGAGGCCUCUCCUUCGGUGCAAUAGUUCUGGACCACUUUAUGCCCUUACUUCUUCUUCUGAUGGCUUUGUUGCAACUUGUCGUCUUGCUCUUGUUGCUGCACAUGUCUUUCCAAAUCUUUGGAAUCGAAUACAAAUUAGAAUUUUGAUUCUUCCAAAAGGCAUCAAACUUCUUUGCCAACUGGACAAAACACUCCUAACACUACUUCAAUUGUGCAACAACGUAACACAUGAUUCUCCUCCAAAUGUUGGACAAGUCACUACUUCAUCCACCCCUAACCAUACCAUCUCACGUUUACCCAUUACAACCACCAACAUAUCUCCAAUUCAACGCCUUGAAUCUUCUGUUUCUCAACCUCAAAUUCCACACAUAUGUUCCUCUAAUACUAAAGCACAUCACAUGAUCACUCGCAAGCAAACAUGCUCUCUUAAGCCUCACAUUCUUCCAUCCUUAAUCUCUCACAUUUCAUCACUUCCACCUGAACUAACUUCUUUUACGGAAGCUCACAAAUUACCUCAUUGGAGACGUGCACUGGCCGAAGAAUACAAUGCUUUUAUAGCCAACCGCACUUGUGAUCUUGUGCCUGCAUCACCUACUGCCAAUGUUAUUGGUUGUCGUUGGGUUUAUCGUAUUAAACAAAAAUCUGAUAGUUCUCUAGAGCAUUUUAAGGCUCGUCUUGUGGCCCAAGUCUAA